AUGGACCUCGAAAUAACUGAACUUAAAGAGGAUGCCUGCUACGUUGCACUUACCCACGACUAUCUCGACGUGAAGGGUGUGAUGGAUAGGGUUCGUAGCUCUCAAGCAGGUGCAAUAGUCAUGUUUGCGGGCACCACUCGUGAUAAUUUUGGCGGAAAGCCGGUGAAGGAGCUCCAGUACUCUGCUUACAACCCGCUGGCCUUGCGCACUAUGCUGUCCAUAUGCAAAGAAAUCCAUACCGAGUAUGGCCUCAUAGCAAUAGCCAUGGUUCAUCGUCUUGGAACCGUACCCAUCGGGGAGGAGAGUAUACUCAUAGCAGUAUCUGCCCCGCAUAGACAGGCUGCAUGGCGAGCUGGUGAACGAGCCCUUGAAGACUGCAAAGAACGUGUUGAAGUCUGGAAGAGAGAAGAGUUUGAAGGCGAAGACGGCGUUUGGAGAGCCAAUAGGGACGGCGCAAUAGGAACAUUUACAUCUUGA